AUGAACGUCGCGCUCAUCUUCGGCAUCACCGGGCAGGAUGGCUCGUACCUGAGCGAGCUGCUGCUGGAGAAGGGGUACACCGUGCACGGGGUCAUCCGCAGGUGCAGCUCAUUUAACACCAAAAGGAUAGACCACAUUUUUGACCAACUCAAUCUGCAUUAUGGAGAUGUCCUGGACAGCAGCAGCAUCUGCAAAUUGAUAAGCAAAAUAAAGCCCCACGAAAUUUACAAUUUAGCUGCACAAAGUCAUGUAAAAGUCAGCUUCGAGUUGCCAGUCUACACAGCCGAAACCACGGCAGUAGGGACUUUACGCAUAUUGGAAGCAAUAAAAAUUUCGAACCUACCGGAUGUCAAAUUUUAUAAUGCUUCUACCUCUGAGUUGUUUGGCAGCUCUACUGAUGAUAGGCAACAUGAAAGCACUCCAUUUAAUCCUGUCUCCCCGUACGCAAUUGCAAAAUUAUAUUCCCAUUAUAUAACGAUAUGUUAUAGGAAGUCGUAUCAAAUGUUCUGUGUGAAUGGCAUUCUUUUUAAUCAUGAAAGCCCAAGGAGAGGAGAAACGUUCGUAACUAGGAAAAUUACCAGAGGGGUAGCCAACAUCUGUAAGAAUAGACAAAACUGCUUAGUAUUAGGGGAUCUAUCUACCUACCGAGAUUGGGGGCAUGCAAAGGAUUACGUUCGAGCUAUGUAUCUAAUGCUGCAACAGGAUGAGCCGGACGACUUUGUCAUAAGCUCAAAUGAAAAACAUACGGUGAAAGAAUUUUGCGAGAUUUCCUUUUCCUUCGUUGGGAUAUUCUUAAAAUGGAAAGGAACGGGCAUUCAAGAGGUCGGGGUAGAUCAGCACGAUCGCGUGCUUAUUAAAAAGGACCCCAGAUAUUAUCGAGAGUGUGAUGUGUUCCAUUUGCAUGGCGAUUCUUCUAAGGCGCGCCAAAAGCUGCAGUGGGCUCCGACGUAUUCCUUCUUCCAACUCAUUUAUGAGAUGCUCACGUAUGAUUUCGAGCAGUGCAGUUUGCCGAUCGAUGACUUUGACACGUGCGUAAGCAGGUAUGAGAAUUACCGGGGUGUGCCUACGAAAUAG